AUGGAUUAUCAUUUAGAAACGCGACAGUUAAUCACAGCGGAGCCAAAAGCAACUUUGCUCAAAAAUUCGCCACUGGAAAGUCGCAUUCGUGUGGAUUUUGAAAUAAGCGAACAAAGCUCUUUGGUGCAGUAUAUCACGUUGUUCGCGCAUCUGCCGUAUCUCUGUUUCGACGUUAUAGUGGAAUGGCAUGAAUCGCAUAAAUUUUUAAAAGUUGAAUUUCCGGUGAAUAUUGUUAGCAGCGAAGCUUCAUACGAAGUACAAUUUGGGCAUGUGAAAAGGCCAACACAUAAAAAUACCUCUUGGGAUGCAGCAAAGUUGGUAUAUUUUUUAUCUAAUUUUUAUCUUAUGGUUGGACAUAAGUGGAUGGCACUAACUGAAUUUGAUCGUGGUGUUGCUCUUCUAAACAACUGCAAAUACGGACAUUCUUGUCGAGGAAAUAUCAUGACAUUAUCGCUGCUUCGUGCAAGCAAAUCUCCUGAUGAUACUGCCGAUUUGGGCCAACACAAUUUUUCGUAUGCGCUUUAUCCGUUCACUGGUUCAAUGCAGCGGCCCGGAAAUGAUCUGCAUUUGAGUGUCAUGCGAGCUGCGUAUGAGUUCAAUAAUCCAACGCGAUUUGUCAGUGGAUGGAAUGCAGAAGAAAAGAUCUCAUCAUUCCUGGAUGUUCGCGGAAGCGAAGGAAUUGUUGUGGACACGGUAAAGGUUGCCGAAGAUGAUAAAGCUACGCUUGUUGUACGAUUAUUCGAAUCGUUUGGUGGUAGCACUGAUGUGCAACUUGUCUUGAAGCAUCCUCGUAUCGUUUCUGUAGAUUUGAGUGAUGGCCUUGAAAGAACUCACUGUUCUCUUCCUAUUGAAACCAAUAAUGCUUCGUCAGGGAGUGAUGCUGGGAACUUCGUCAACCUGCAUUUUCGUGCAUUUGAAAUCAAGACAUUAUUGCUAAGACUGUUUGGGCUGUAG